AUGGCCCCUAACAAGAAGACCAAGACCUCUGACUCCAUCAACUCGCGCCUUGCGCUUGUUAUGAAGUCGGGUAAGGUUACCCUCGGCUACAAGUCGACCCUCAAGGUCAUCCGCUCCGGCAAGGCCAAGCUUAUCAUCAUCGCUGGUAACACUCCUCCUCUCCGCAAGAGUGAGCUCGAGUACUACGCCAUGCUCGGCAAGACCGCUGUCCACCACUUCAACGGCAACAACAUUGAGCUCGGUACCGCCGCCGGUAAGCUCUUCCGUUGCUCCACCAUGGCCAUCAUCGAUGCCGGUGACUCCGACAUCCUUACUGCCUCCGUCGCAUAA